AUGCUUUCCAAGCUAGCUCGUCUGCAACUGUGGCGGGGCGCCCACACGCCAGUGACUUCUGCUACAUCUGUGGUGACUAAGAAGAUGGUCCAAGGCCCUCUAUGGUCGGAUGACGUUUUUGAAUGGGAAGCCAAGUAUGGCGCUCACAAUUACCUCCUCUUACUGGUCACCCUGGAGAGAGGGACAGGUAUUUCCCUGUGGGAUGCGGAAGGCAGGAAAUGCUUUGAUUUUCUGAGUACGCACAGCGCUGUCAACCAAGGGCAUUGCCACCCCAAGAUUGUGGACGCCCUGAAGAGCCAGGCGGGGAAGCUGACGCCAACCUCGCGGGCCUCCUACAACAACGUGCCGGGCGAAGACGAGGAGAACGUCACGAAGCUCUUCAACUACCACCAGGUUCUCCCCAUGAGCACAGACAGGGUGGAGGCCGGGGAGACCGCUUGCCAGCUGGCGCGGUGGUGGGGCUGCACCGUGAAGGGCAUCCCCAAGGACAAAGCCAAGAUCGUCUUCGCAGCUGGAAACUUUUGGGGCAGGACUCUGUGUGCCAUCUACAGCUCCACGGACCCCAGCAGCGACGACGGCUUUGGUCCCUUCAUGCCGGGGUUCGAGAUCAUUCCCUACAACAACCUACCUGCUCUUGAGCGUGCUCUUCAGGAUGCAAACGUUGCUGCGUUCAUGGUCGAACCCAUUCAGGGCGAGGCGGGCGUCAGUCCCGACCCAGGCUGCCUGAGGGGUGUGCGCGAGCUCUGCGCCAGGCACCCAGUCCUGUUUAUGGAUGAGACCCAGACAGGACUGGCCAGGACUGGGCGAUGGCUGGCAGUCGGCCAUGCAAACGUCAGGCCUGACCUCGUCCUCCUGGGCAAGGCCCUUUCCAGUGGCCUGUACCCGGUGUGGGCGGUGCUGUGUGACCACGAGAUCAUGCUGACCAUCCAGCCUGGGGAGCGCGGCUCCACGUACAGGGGCAACCCCCUGGGCAGCUGCGGGGCCAACGCCGCCUUCGAAGUUUUGGAAGAAGAGAAUGAGCUCAGGAAGCUGCCCUGGGACAUCGUGACCGCAGUGCGUGGGAAGGGGCUGCUGGAUGCCACCGUCACCCGGGAAACCAAAGAUUCAGAUGCUUGGAAGGUGCGCCUGCGCCUUCGAGAUAAUGGACUUCUGGCCAAGCCCACCCAUGGCGACAUCAUCAGGUCACCUCCGCUGGUCAUCAAGAAGGACGAGGUCCAGGAGGCCGUGGAGAUCAUCAACAAGACCAUCAGUCUUUCUGGGCUCCCCUCCACCAGCUGUCUGAGGGCGGGGCCUGCUCCCCUGGGGAUUCGCUUUAUGCUGGAAAAGAUGUUGGUACUGAAGGACAAUGACAUGCAGAGGGUUCUGGGCUAUGACCCUGAGCCUGUAGAGAAACUGAGGAAAUUGCAAAGAGCUUUGGAUCGUGGACACAUUCCCCAGCGGUUUCUUGAGGAGCUGUUGGGGGACAGCAUGGCCCUCGAGGCUGAACAGGUCCAGAGGAUGAACCAGCCUGCCCACCUGAGCUGGGAGAUGGAGCAGCUGUCAGAAGCCUCCAACCGUAUCCUAGAAAACCAGACCCUCCAGGGCGUGGUCCAGGAGAUUCGGGGUGCCUCCGUGGCCCGGCAGGACAGCAGCCUGAGGUGCACGGAGCUUCAGGAGGAGAACCAGCAGCUCCAGAAGCAGAAGGAACAGUUGGAGAUGGAACUCCAGAACGAGAAGAACAGCAGCCAGGAGUGGGAGACCCUCACUGAGGAGCUCGUUAAAGCCCUAGAGCAGCUGCUCAAUGAAGUUGACACCCUGAAGGUGGACAGAGCCAUUCAGAUGGAAAAGUGGGAGAUGCUACUCCACAAAGAAAAAGAAAAGACCCAGAAGAUGGAGACCAUCAAUAAAGUACAGUACCAGGCCCUCCUGGAUGAACACAGCCGCUACAAGACCCUGCUGCAUCGUUCCCUAGAAAUGGAGAGCAAGGCGUUCAGGCGUAGGGAGCAGGACCAGCUCCAACAUGAGGCAGCACUACAGGAGCUGAGGGACCUCGUGAGCACCCAAAGAGAGGCUCUGAAGCAGGCUGCCCAGGAGGAGAGGCUGCCACAGGAGGAGAGAGUCAACUUCUGGAACCAGCUGAUGAUGGCCGAGCAGAAGGAGCUGCACACCCAGAGCAAAGUCAUGCAUCUAUGA